UCCAAACUCGAAUACACUUUUAAUUUAACGGCGCAAAACAGGAAAUAGUUGCUGGUCAAGACUACUUAAAAUGAAUCGCCUGUUUAUCAGACGGUCGGCAAAGUCCGCAAUCAGAACCCUGCUCAACCCCAGUGGGAGUCGCCUGCCCCGUGCCACCGCUGUCAGGAAUUGUAGUUGCAAGGACGAGUAUUCAUUGACUGAUCAUAAGUACGAUGCAAUUGUGAUUGGUACUGGUGGAGCCGGAAUGCGGGCGGGUUUUGGCCUGGCGGAGAAGGGUUUCAAGACGGCCCUGAUUUCAAAGUUGUUUCCCACCCGUUCACACACAGUGGCUGCCCAGGGUGGCAUCAAUGCCGCACUCUCCAAUAUGGACAAGGAUGACUGGAAGUAUCAUUAUUUCGAUACGGUAAAGAGCAGCGAUUGGUUGGGCGAUCAGAAUGCCAUCCAUUACAUGUGCCGCGAGGCGGAGAAGGCCAUCUAUGAGUUGGACAUGUAUGGGAUGCCAUUCUCUCGAACUUCCAGUGGCAAGAUCUACCAGCGUCCGUUUGGAGGCCAGACCUUGGAGUACGGAAAGGGUGGAAUGGCCAGAAGGGCAUGCGCUUGCGGAGAUCGCACGGGUCAUGCCCUCGUCCAUACCCUCUACGGACAGACCCUUAAGCACGCGGAUACCUGCCACUACUUUGUAGACUACUUUGUCUUGGAUUUGAUCAUGUCGCAGGGGAAGUGUGUUGGCUGCUUGGCUUGGAAACUAGAUGAUGGCACCUUCCAUCGGUUCUUGGCUAAUAAUACGGUGGUGGCCGCUGGCGGUUGUGGUCGGGUAUAUUUCUCCACCAGCGCCGGACAUACGUGUACGGGUGAUGGGAAUGCAUGGAUUUCACGACAGGAGUUACCACUCAUGGACAUGGAGUUUGUGCAGUUUCAUCCUACUGGCAUCUAUGGAGCAGGAUGUAUGAUCACCGAAGGCGUCCGUGGAGAGGGCGGUUUCUUUGUGAAUUCCAAGGGAGAACGAUUCAUGGAACGCUAUGCCCCAAAGACCAAGGACCUGGCCACCAGAGAUGUAGUGGCGCGCGCCAUGACCAUGGAAGUUCUUAACGGCAAUGGUUGUGGUCCCCUCAAGGAUCAUGUACACCUGCAGCUCCAUCACAUAGACCCCAAGAUCAUUAGAGAGCGAUUGCCGGGCAUCAUGGUCACCGCGAAGAUCUUUGCCAAGGUGGAUGUGACCAAGGAACCAGUGCCGGUUCUACCAACUGUACACUAUAUUAUGGGGGGAAUUCCAACGGAUCAUAGGGGUCGCGUCAUAACCGUGGAUGAAAAUGGCCAAGAUCAGGUGGUCAAGGGUCUGUACUCCUGCGGAGAAACCUCCUGUGCCUCGGUACACGGAGCCAACCGUUUGGGGGCCAAUUCUUUGCUAGAUUUGAUCAUCUUCGGGCGGGUUUGUGCCAUAGACAUUGCCGAGAACAACUGUCCGGGUGACAAGCCACCCGAGGUGGAAGACAAAGCCACGGAAAAGUCAAUGGAAAACUUCAAGUGCCUACGCAACGCUAAAGGAUGCAUCCCAACAGCCGCUUUAAGAUUGGAACUGCAGACGAUCAUGACCAAACAUGCAGCUGUCUUCCGGGAAGGAAAACUGCUCAAGGAGGGUCUUCUUAAGGUCGCCGAACUGUGUGAGCAGUUUAAGGACAUCAAGUUAUCCGACCGCACUUUGGUAUGGAACACUAAUCUCGUGGAGACCUUGGAGCUUCAGAAUACGUUAGCGAAUGCCGUGCACAUCAUUACGGCAAUGGAGAAUCGAAAGGAGUCGAGGGGAUCCCAUGCUCGUGAGGAUUUCAAGAUGCGCAUAGAUGAACUGGACUAUGGAGCACCGAUGGCCGGGCAGAAAAAGAAACCAUUCGAGGAGCAUUGGCGCAAGCACACCAUGACCUUUGCCCUGGGCAAUAAUGGAUGCGCCUCGAUCAAAUAUCGUGCGGUAGUGGACGAGCCCUUAGAUGAUUCGAUAGCUAGCAUUCCACCUGCUAUACGUACUUACUAAAUUACGGGGACUACAUUUUG